UUCCGGAUUUGUUGAUUUGCAUGUGGGCGUCAUGCAUGGUGUGUUUUCAUCGUUAUAGGAAGUUACAUUUUUCACUGAAGUUGAAACUUAAAUACCAGAAAUGAUAAAACGUAUAACUAUUGUUCGACGUUUGUCGACUUUUCCAAUAGUUACGAGAAUACAGGAUGUUUUUAUGCAAGGCCAAUAUAACAAACGACUUUUGCAUGGCCAUGGUGGUGAUGCAGCAUCUGCAAGUGCAAGAUGUUUGGCUAUUGCUCGAAAGGAUAGGCCUAGGCUUAGUUAUUAUAGACGAUUGUGUAAAAUUAAUUCUCCGCUAAUUCAAAAUGUUAGACACUUCAAUUGCACAACUUUGGUGUGUGCUGAGAGCAAUAUUCACCCAGGAGAGAUAAGAACAAGCAUGUUUGCCUGGCAAAUUCACAACUAUGGAAAAGACAACUUAAAUCUUGUUGAAAAACUGGUGCCAGUCAUAACAAAGCCAAAGGAAUUACUGAUCAAAGUGUAUGCGUCAAGCAUAAACCCCAUUGAUCUUCGUAUGCAAGGAGGUUAUGGUGCAGUGCUCUUGAAUAAAGGUCGGAGAUGCUCAUCUGGAGAUGAAUUUCCGCUAAUUCUUGGAAGGGACUGUUCUGGCGUUGUUGUGGAUGUUGGUAAAGGGGUGAUGGGUAUCAAGAAGGGGGAUGAAGUUUGGGCUGCUGUCAGUCAAAUUAAGCCUGGUUGUCAUGCACAGUAUGUGUUGAUAAAUGAAGAUGAAGUUUCAAAAAAGCCUGAAAGUUUGACGCAUGUACAGGCAGCUUCCCUUCCAUAUGUUAUUUCAACAGUUUGGAGUGCUUUAUAUGCCAUAGCUCGUUUCCGUCCCAAAAAAGAAUCAAUUGGGAAGUCAGUGCUUAUACACGGUGGUAGUGGAGGAGUUGGGUCAUUCGCUAUCCAGCUAGUAAAAGCAUGGAAUGGUAAAGUUUCAACAACAUGCAGCACCAGCGCAGUUGAUAUGGUAAAAAAACUUGGAGCCAAUCAUGUUUACGAUUAUAAACAAUCUGACUUCCAGAAUUCGCUUCUGAAAGCUGGUGGAUUUGAUUUAAUACUGGAUACAAUUGGAGGACCAACAGAAGACCUUUCAAUGGAACUCCUCAAAUCGGGCUCUCAGCUUAUAUCUCUAGUCUCACCUUUUAUGGCAGACAUGGAUCGGUACGGUGCUGUUGUUGGAUCACUUAGUGCUAGCACAACAAUGUUUAAGAAAGCCAUGGCUGUAUCCAGAAAAGGUGGGAAGUACAGAUGGGCAUUUGCAACCCCAAAUGCUGUUGCCUUGGAAACAAUCGCACAGCUGGUUGAUGAAGGGAAAAUCAGACCCGUUAUAGACAGAGUCUUCACAUUUAAACAGAUUCCAGAAGCUUUUGAGAAACUUGAGAAAGGUCAUGCACGGGGCAAAAUUGUUAUUGAUAUGGGUGAAGAAAAGAUUACCCCAACCUCUUCUGAUUUUUACAUGAAUGCUGCUAACAACUAAAUUUGAAUUUAUGAACUUCUUAAUUAAAUUGGUGACAUAAUUCCUGAUGAUUAAUUGAAUUAUAGAAUCAGGAUGGCAAUUUGCAUCAUAAUUUCAUAUUAUCAAAUUGAAAAUAAUUAGCAAUAAUAAAGUUUACACGGUGAGAAGUGA